AUGGCCUAUACUCUUUAUUAUGGUCGAUCUUGUGGUGGUAUUCCUUCUAAAACAAUCACUUGGGAUGAGAAUGGCACAAAAGAUUGUUCUGUGUGGAGUGGAGUUACAUGUGAUAACAGGACAGGUCAUGUUAUUGGACUUGAUCUUACAUGCAGUAGUCUUAAAGGAGUCAUUCAUUCCAACAGCAGCCUUUUCUUCCUUCGCCAUCUUCAGAGUCUAAUCCUCUCCUAUAAUGAUUUUUGGGGCUCCACAAUUUCAUCUGAAUUUGGUAAGCUUACUCAUUUGGUCCACCUUGAAAUUUUUGAAUCUGGAUUUUCAGGGUAUUUUCCACCAGAAUUCUCAUAUCUGUCCGAAUUGGUUUCACUUGGUCUCUCUUCAAAUGAUGAAUUGAUACUAGAUACUUUUACCUUAAAAAGAAUCUUUUCAAAUUUAACAUCUCUUGAAGAACAUUAUCUAUUUCAAGUUGACAUGACUUCUGUUGAACCUGUUUCAUUGAUGAAUUUAUCUUCAUCUAUGACAUCUCUUACGCUUGACUUUUGCAAUCUGCAAGGAAAUUUACCAGAUAACAUCUUUUACCGAUGGCCAAACCUUGAAAAAGUGUCUUUAGAGGCAAAUGAGAACCUUACAGGUUUCUUGACUAAAACUAAUUGGAGCAGUCCACUCAAGUACUUGGAUCUUUCUUUUACUGAAUUCUUAAUAGAUUUGCCUUAUCUAACUGAAAGCAUAAAGUCUCUGGAAACUUUGCGUCUGAGUUCUUGUAAAAUAUUAGGAUGGAAUCCCACACUACUUCUUAACCUCACACAAAUGACUUCGUUAGACUUCUCAUUUAACAAUUUUGGUGGUCAGGUUCCCUGGUCAUUUUUGAAUCUAAAGCAUCUCACUUAUUUAGGAUUUCAAUUUAACAACUUUACUGGCCAGCUUCCUGACAUUAAUGCUCAUAACUCGUCGCAAAUUUCCUUUUCCUCUGACUCAUCCAAAAAUCAAUCUUUGGGCCCUCUUCCAUUGUAUUUGGAACGUAUCUCUUUAGAUGGUAACUUACUCGAUGGUAAAAUACCUCAUUGGAUAUAUUCCCUGCAACUUUUGCAAAUUCUAACACUUUCAGAUAACCAGUUCACUGGUCAAAUUGACGAAUUCAAUUCCCGUUCAUUGAAGGAACUUGAUUUAAGCCAUAACAAACUACAUGGACCCAUUCCUAGGUCAAUCUUUCAACAAGUAAAUCUCACUUGGCUAGAUCUUUCCUCAAAUAACUUGAGUGGUGUUGUAGGAUUGGACGAGUUUUCGAGGUUGCAGAAUCUUAUAUCUCUUCCAACCAUAUUGAUGGUCAACUCCCAAUUCCAUCAUCAUCCAUAG